GCCUCGUCCAAAAUUAGCUUCAGUGAGUUUAAAAGGAUCUAGAAGCAAGGUUUUGCAAACACUUGCAAAUCGGUCGACAUUAUUUCUCCACUUCUUCAAUCAACAUUCGCGGCGUCUUGAAAAUUGGAUCAGAAAGCUGGAGCCUUAAACUACUUCCAAGGUCUACGGUUUGACAGCUUCUCUAAGAAAUACUGUGCUUUCUUAUCAGCAAAAGCAUCCUUAAUUACGAAUUCUUGCCAGAGCAAUACAAGUACGGUACACCUUUCAAGAGGGCAUCUAAGCCUUCUGUCCAGCAAGCUCGAAACUGGUUUCGGUGUUCCAGGAAUCUCGGGGACUACAAGUGAUUGUGUUCCUAAUUGACGUUUCGUCAACCUUCUACAAUCCUCAACACCUAAUAGGCAGCGUUGCCGCCAAGCUCCCCUCCGCGACACAGAAAGAUGGCUCCUCAAGGCCCUGCUUACGAUGUCGACUGGGUGUGGUCAAACAAUUCCAACGUUCACGUUGCCAACCAUCGCGACUGGUUCACCACAUUCACCGAAUUCAAGACGCAGACUCAUUCUCUCAUGGGCCCCGGCAUGGAGGUUCAAGGUAUUGGGGAUGUAGAGCUCGAAGUUAAAACCCAGGACUCACCGCGCGGAGGUAGCGAGUCCUCUCACCGCAAGCUUGUGCUCCACGACGUCCUUUUCGCUCCUAAAUUCAUCUGCAAUAUCCUAGGUGGCCCUAUUGUGCAUGACUAUGAUGUGGAUAUGGGUCACGGCAGCCGUAGUGGCGGACUGAAGGAUCGACGCACCGGUGCUAGUGCUGGACUCUUCGACCACAACAAGCUCUUGAAACUCUGGCUUGUCGGGCAGCCAAAGGGACAAAGUAGUUUGGAUCCCGAUGAGUUGUAUUGGAUUAAUGUGCGGUGGCCCGACAAUGAACGUUCGAGAUGGCUGACUCACAAGAAAAGCCUCGGAGAGCAGCCCGGUGUCGAUGCACCACCAUGCACGGCCGCAGAGAAGGAGUGGCUGAAGCGUGAAUUUGGCGGCGAGUUCACAUUUCUACACAUGUAUGGCCUCAGCAUCUCCAAGGAAGAAGAUCGUGAGGAAGGCCGGCGCAUCGCUCGUGCAUUCAUGUGGUCAGAUGCUAUAAAAGGCUAAUCCGUCUUUGAUGAAGACCAGUAGCUAUUUUGCAUGCUUUCUUCGUUUGAAUAAUUGUUCGUGUAGCUUAGUAUAGAGGGUCUGGAAAUAUCAGGUGAUGAUCGCAUAUACACGUACAAGAGGGAGCAAGGAAGGUAAUUCGAUGCGAGGGGGAACACGACUUUUUCAUGAACAGAGGGCCUACAGCAGGACGGAUGGUUGGAAGUGCGGGGAUCGACCCCAGAAUUAAUCCCACUAGCUUAUGGCUAAAUCUUUCAACUAGAAUAGCUAGUUAAUGAUACUGACGAUAAAGGACCGAGACAUCGAUGGCUCUGAGGGAGCGCAGGGGUCAGGCUUUGAGCUUGAGGUGCUCGGUGGAGAGAUGAACAGUCAAUAAGAUGAAGAAAAUCCAAGCCUAAAUUUAAUGAAUUUACACAACCUAUCCAAAUUAUUUCAUUUCGAGAUGUAUAUAUGCGACAAUCACGCUGAGGU